AUGCCUGCUAAACGGGGAAGAAAACCUAGAGUUGCACCCGCUGUUGAACCUGUUGUUGAACCCGCUGAACCUGAACCAAGUGCUAAUGCUACUGUCAACUUCACUCUAGAAGACGUAGCGAACCUCAUCACUGACCGCAUGAAUGCGAUAAUGCCGAACCUUGCUACACAAAGUCACCCGAAGCAGAGAUUGUAUGUUCAAGACCUUUACUCAGUGGAACCCCCAGUCUACACAGGGGAAAAAGGUGCUGCUGAACUGUUGAUGUGGUUUGAAAACAUGGAAGAAGCCCUGUACCACACAGAGACUACAGAAGAUAAGAUGGUGGAGCAUGCGACCAGCCAGUUUGACGGAGCUGCUAGGUCUUGGUGGACUGGCAUCGUCACUACUGUUGGCAGGAAGACCGCUUAUGCUCACUCUUGGGAAGAACUUCAGAAGAUGAUGAGAGCUGAGUUCUGUACCAAAGAUACUUUGCAAGAGUUAGAACAAGAGUUUUGGGAUUUGAAGAUGGAAGGAUUAGAGAUUGAGAAGUAUAUUCUGAGAUUCAAUGAGCUUGCUAGACUUGUACCACACUUGGCUUCUACUGAGGAAAAGAAGAUCUAUCGUUUCAUUUGGGGUUUGAUUCCCGAGAUCCGCCGUGACCUCACCAGUAAGGGCCCCAAGACCAUGUCCAGAGCCACUGUACUGGCUAAAACUUUGACUAAAGAUAUUAUCAGAUCUGGAGGCUUGUCAGAGAAUGUUGAGAAGGGGAAGAGAAAGGCUAAAGAAGUUGUAGAAAAGAAGGUUGAGCCCCCAAGUAAGAAAGGGAAGAUCUUGAUGAACUAUGCGGUGACCGCAGUACCUGAACCAACAAGAUACUCUGGAGCUUAUCCUAGGUGCUCUCAUUGUAACCUUCAUCACACUGGUGCCUGUCCUGUCUGCUAUAAGUGCCAAGGUGUUGGGCACAUGGCAAAGUACUGGAAUGCUGUCUCAGCGAACUUGAUCAGAACUAAUCCUCCGCCAGUGAACAAAAUUCCUCAGAUGAGAAAUGCUAGACCUCCACUACCACCUACUAACCAUCAGCAACAGCAAAAGCAAAACCAACAAGGCCCUGCUAAUGCCCGUGUUUUUGCUCUGAACGCUGAGGAAGCUCGUCAGAACCCUCGGGUUGUGAUAGGUACUUUUCUUUUGAACGAACAUUAUGCUUCCGUACUAUUUGACUCUGGUGCUGAACGUAGCUUUGUUGCAUUAGACUUUAAAUCUAAGACUGACAUGAAAACUGGCAAACUAAAUGAUAAGUAUGUAGUAGAGUACGCAAAUGGCCAUAAGAACGGCACUAAUGAAAUUGCUCUAGACUGUCCUUUGAUCUUAGUAGACAAGAACUUUACGAUUGACCUAAUCCCUGUCGAGAUUAGUAGCUUUGACGAAAUCGUGGGAAUGGAUUGGUUAUCCAAACACCACGCGACUAUUUGUUGUCACGAGAAAUCAGUUCAUAUACCGCUUCAGAAUAGCGAGAUCUUGAUCGUACAAGGUGAUAAGUCCACGAACGAACUUAAAAUCGUCUCAGCCAUGAAGUUCCGUAAGUACUUAGACAAGAAAGAUCAUCUUGUGUACCUAGCUCAUGUCAUUGAUAAAAGUGCUAAAGAGCUUAAAGUUCAAGACAUCCCCAUUGUUCGGGACUUCCCAGAUGUCUUUCCUGACAACUUACCAGGCAUCCCACUUGUUAGACAAGUCGAGUUCAAUAUUGAUCUUGUUCCCGGUGCAGUACCAGUCGCUAAAGCACCGUAUCGUUUAGCUCCUCCUGAAAUGCAAGAACUUUCAAUCAAUUGCAAGAACUUUUGA